AUGUUCGGUUUGAAGUCCACCCUCAAGGCCCUCGUCUGCGGCGCCCUCUUCCUUGCCUCAGUCUCUGCUCAGGAUUCUGCCCCUAACGUCGCCAUCUCCGCCGAGUUCCCCAACGCUAUCGCUGGCUUGACCCCCAACAUUGUCUCUGGAGACGCCAACAACUUGAAGGUCACCUUCAAGAACACUGGCAAGACUGACCUCAAGGUCAACUUGAUCGUCGGAACUGUUGCCGAGUCCGAUGACUACAACAACAUCAUCCGCAACUUGACUGCCUACAGAUAUGGCACCACCCUCAAGGCUGACGGCACCUUGAUCUUGCCUUACGCCAUCAAGAUGGAGCAUGCUUCCCGCGAGGUCGGAUUGACCCUCAUGGCCGACUUGAUCGACUCCAACAAGAACCACUUCCCCGUCCUCGUCUACAACGGCACCAUCAGUUUCAGCGAGCCCGUCCAGUCCUGGAUCGACCUCCAGUUGAUCUUCUUGUACGUCUUGAUUGCCGGAAUCUUUGCUGCCAUCGGAAUGUUCAUCAAGGAUGCCAUGGCUCCCGAGACCAAGAAGACUGUCAAGAAGACCCCCGCCAUGACCCCCGAGGAGCGUGAGGCUGCCCUCGAGAAGAUGAAGGUCUUGGACGAGGACUGGAUCCCUGAGCACCACAAGAAGUCCCCCCGCGUCGUCAAGAGACGCUCAUAA